AAGUGGGGGGUGGGCGAGGCCUGAGGGGAACCCGAGUGGGAGGGGGCGAGGCCUGAGGGCUGCUCGGAUAGGGUCCGAGGGGAGCCCCGGUCUCUCCCCCGUCGGUGUCCUGGCCAUGGUGGGGUCGGCGUGAGGAGCCGGUGAACGGCGGCGGCCCCCUCGGUCCCCGGCCCAUGGUGCUGCCCCCCUGCCCCAUGGCGGAGUUCGUGGUGCCGCGGCACAGCGCGGUGAUGGAGCGGCUCCGCCGGCGCAUAGAGCUGUGCCGGCGGCACCACAGCGCCUGCGAGUCCCGCUACCAGGCCGUGUCCCCAGAGCGCCUGGAGCUGGAGCGCCAACAGACCUUCGCUUUGCACCAGCGCUGCCUGCAGGCCAAGGCCAAGCGGGCCGGGAAGCACCGCCAGCCUCCCCCGGCGCCGCCGCCGCCGCCCGCCGCUCCUCCUCCUCCUCCUGCUGGGGUUGCGGGCAACGCCGACAGGACCGGAGCCAACGGCCUCGACACUGAUGCCGCGAGCAGCGAGCAGCACGGCCGCAGCAGCACCUUGAUCGCGCAGCUCCAUGAGACGGUGAAAAGAAAACUUGAUAGUGCUGCUUCCCCUCAGAAUGGAGAUCAACAGAAUGGGUAUGGGGAUAUGUUUUCUGUGUCCAAGAAAUUACGUCGUGAAGAUGGUCUUGGUGGGGUAAGUGGCUCCUCCAACGGCGUACCUCCUUUAUCCCCACUACACCAACUUGACAAGAAAUCUUCCAGUGGCGAUACCUUACAGCUCAAUGGAAAGCAUUCAAUGGGACUGGAUAGCAUCAAUAAAAAGUGUCUUCCAGAUGCUAACCUUCAGCUGAAUGGACGUAGUGAUGCUGAUGACUCAUUUCCUUUGGGUUUGAACAAAGAGCUCAAGCAAGAGCCAGUGGAUGACCUUCCUUGUAUGAUUGCUGGAGCAGGCGGUUCUAUAUCUCAGAACAACUUGAUGCCCGAUCUUAAUCUUAAUGAGCAGGAAUGGAAGGAGCUCAUUGAUGAACUUAAUAGAUCAGUGCCUGAUGAAGACAUGAAGGAUCUAUUUAAUGAAGACUUUGAGGAGAAGAAGGAUGCAGAUUCUUCAAAUUCAACUGCACAAACUCCAUUGCCACAAGACAUUAACAUAAAGACUGAAUUUUCCCCAGCAGCGUUUGAGCAGGAACAGCAGAUGGGGUCUCCACAAGUCAGAUCCACUUCUUCAGGUCCAACAUUCAUUGGAGCCUCCUCUGUACCUGUUAGUGCUGCUUCUCCAGCAGUUGGGGGCUCUCAGACUAUGUUCCAGUCUUCCAGUCAGCCAGUGACUGAAAAUCCUAACCAGUCCAUGAUGCAGGCAUCAAACCAGUCUCAAAAUGUUCAAAGGCCUCUACCAAAUGUAUUAUUAUCUGGACAGGGCACAGGAAAUGCCAAAGAAAUGUCCUCUGCUCACCAACUUCAACAGAUAGCUGCUAAGCAAAAAAGAGACCAGAUGUUGCAGAACCAGCAGCAGGCUUCACAAGUCCACCAAACCAGUCAGAUGUCCAGCUGGCAGCAGUCUGGACCUUCUCAUAGUCCACUGGGUGUCCCCUACACAAUGGACAAUCCCACCAGCCCUUCAGUUUACCAACAGGACUUCAAUAACCAGAAACUCAUAAUUCCUAGUAUGGCAAACAAGAGUUCUCCCAGGAGUGGAGGCAAUUACCAUGUGAAUAUGUUGAGUCAUCAGCCAAACAGCCUGAACCAGAACUCUGUAAAUAGCCAAGGCUCCAUGCUAGAUUAUGGCAACACAAAACCUCUUUCACAUUACAAAGCAGAGUGUGAGCAAGGAGUUACAGUACCUGGCCAGAACAAGACACCUAUGUUGGCAUAUCUGCAGCAACGCCAGCAACCGCCACUGCCUCAUAUGAGUGAAGAACAAAAUGGGAUGUUCCUGAUGAAGCAGAAAUCUGGAAAUAUUGCCUAUAGACCUCUAGUACCACACAGCCAGGAUCAAAACCCUUCUCCCAGUGUUCCUCGUGUUCCUGUUUCUGUCCCAGGUCCUGGUGUUAGUGCUCAGGCUUCCAGUGUUUCCAUGGCAGGUAAUCAUAACAACUCAGCCUAUCUCAGCAAUCAGCAGCAAGCCGUGGUAAUGAAGCAACACCAGAUGUUACUGGACCAGCAAAAGCAACAACAAAAGCAUUUGCUGAUGGAGCAACAGAAGCAGCAGUUCCUAAUAGGGCAGAGGCAGCAACAACUGCUAGCUGAACAGGAAAAGCGGCAUCAACAAGAGCAGCAGCUCCAGCGGCACCUGACCCGACCACCCCCUCAAUACCAAGAUCAGGCACAGAACCCUUACCAGCAGCAGGUUGGACAGUUCACAGGGUCAUCUCCAGCCAUGACUGGGGUAAGUAACUUAGGACAGUCCAACUCCAGCAGUCCACGGAUGUUUUCUCAGACCCAGAACAUGAUUCAGAUUGGACCUGGACACAGCUCUGUUCCUCCUCUCCAAUCAGGCUCCAGUCAGCAGGAUCGAAGUGUGACUCAGUACACUAGUAUGCAAAACAUUCAGCGAGGGGGGCUGUACAGCAUGACAUCUGGUAUGACACAAAUGAUUUCACAGCAUGCAAAUCAAAGUGCCAACGGACAACUACAAAUGCAAAGGCAGCCCAGCUUGGGUCAGGGCACUCCUGUUCCUGCUGGGUAUGGGCAGAGCACCCUGGGAAACCCAAGCAUUUCUCAGCAGCACAAUAAGGGGGCACUGAAUCCAACUAUAGCCAAGCCACAGAUGGCAAGAGUGCCAGCAGCUAUUGGCACCCAAAAUCCAUCUUGGCAACACCAAGGUAUGCCUAAUAUGAAUAACCAGACACAAGGAAGUGGUGGCUUAGGGUCAUUUACUGCCAGCUCCACUUUCCACAUGCAGCAAACUCACCUAAAGAUGGCCAACCAGCAGUUUGCUCCAGGGAUGCCUCAGGUAAGCCUAAGCACUGGCAGAUCAAUGGCCUCCAUGAACUCUGCUGUCUCUGGGCAGAUGUUGUCAUCUUUAGGUGCACAGCAGAGGACAAACCCACCUACCCAACAGCAGGUACCCUCGCAACAAGUCUUGCCUAGCAUGAGCCAGGCCGUUCCAGAUCUGACCGCUUUUGGCCAGAAUCCAAAUCAGCAACUGCCCAAUAGAGCCAAUCUGCACUGUACCCAAGGUUACUCAGUGAGGACCACCAGUCAGGAGCUGCCUUUUGCCUACAGUGGUCAAUCAGGCAAUAAUGGACUACAGAGCUUGACUGGUGACACAGAUCUGAUAGACUCUUUGCUGAAAAACAGGACUUCAGAGGAAUGGAUGAAUGACUUGGAUGAGUUGUUAGGAACUCAUUAAAAUGGGGCUUGAGGGUUUUCUACUCUUAUUUUUUUUUAAUUUCAUGAAAUAUAAACUACACUUUGGACCAAAAACCUGUGGCAUUGAAGAGACUUGCAGGCAUUAGAGGUAAAUGGUUGGGAAAUGGACUGGAGCCGCUUCCCAACAGGCUUCGACACAUAAUGGUGCACCAAGCAGGUCUGCAAUGACAAUGCGUUUAUUUUUGUGGCAUCUGUGGUGCACAUUUGAACAGGUCAGGCAAAUUUGUGUGCAUCCCAGUCAGCCCUUCAGAAAUCUCACUUGCAGUGUUUUGAAACUUAGGUUUUUAAUUAUUUAAAAAUAAACAAAAAUCCACAACAAUGGUGCAGAAAGAAAGCAAAUAAAAUGGCAAGUAUUUUGUGUUUAGGGCUUAUUCUCCUGCAGCUAAUACUUGAGUUGAUUCUUGUUCCCAGCUUGGCAUGCCAUUAGCUACAGUAUUGCCCUACCAAAUAUUUUACUUCAUUUUUGCCGGAGGAGAGGAUGUGCACCUCAGUACAUUUGCAAAACAUUCUUUAUUUUGAGUCAGUUCUUUUUUCCCACCAGUGAAGUGUGUGCCUGUACUCUCAACAAGCAAGUGGUAUUUCACAAUAAUAUUUACCGCAUUUUUUUCUGAAUGCUGGUGAUAGAUGAAAGAAAGUGUUAAAACCUGGCCAGCUGGCCUAGGUUAGUGACUUCCUUAAUGGAUUGUGGACUCCCAAGCUCCAGUUUUCACUCUGUUGUGGAGGGACAGAGUUCUUGGCUUUUAUCUUGCUCAGUUUAUAGAGGGACUUUCUUAUGGGAGAACUUUUCAAAUAUAUCCGACUUAAACAUAAACCAAUUUAAUUUGCACAUUUCAUCAUAACUCAUUUCCAAACUUAGCUGUGUUUAAAUGUGGGCUUUGCCCCAUCACAGCUCAUCUUGUUUUACUGUUUGUUUCUGCAGUGUAUUCCUAAUGUGGAAUUUGUGAGAUGAGUCUUCUCCAAAACUAAAUACAGUAAUGCGAUAAGCACAAGAUUUUGUCACUUUAGGAUCAAGUGCAUAAAAGCAGCACUGGGCUGAGAAGUGGAAAGUCCUUACUAAAAUGUAAAUAUCUGCAAGUAAUAGCACAGGGAGCCUGGAAAAAUACUAACCUUGUUUCAAGGUUGCUCCAAUGUGAAAAUCUCCCACUUUCACAAACUGGCGGGGAGGGAGGGAGUAUUUAGUUAGAUCAGGGGUUCUCAAACUAGCAGUCAAGACCCCUCAGGGGAUUGUGAGAUUAUUACAUGGGGGGUUGCGAGCUGUCAGCCUCCACCCCAAGACCCACUUUGCCUCCAGCAUUUGUAAGGGUGUUAAAUAUAUUAAAAAAUGUUGUUUUUAAUUUAUAAGGGGGGUUGCACUCAGAGGCUUGCUAUGUGAAAGGGGUCACCAGUACAAAAAUUUGAGAACCACUGAGUUAGAUAAUCUUUCUGUGAACAGGUGGAUUGCCUUCUCUAAUCUCACUUAAAGCAGAAGCCCACAGAGACUGUUCAUCCUCACCCGGAUGUGUUAGGGUCAGUCUCACACAGGGUACGAAAAGCAAUGAGAGCAGUCAAUGUUCUAAAGUCCUUAACUUGCUACCAAAUAUUCCCCUCUCACCAACAAACCACCUUGCCUUAACUUUUAAUUUAAAAUGGAAAUAAAGUUUAUUUGUUUUAGCUGCACAAAUACCUCUUUCCCCUCCAAGCCCUAUUUAAAAAAAAUAGCGGGCCAACUUUUUUCCAUUUUUGUAAAGCUCCUUAAAAUUUUCCAGCAUUAUGAUGAAAAGGAUUUCCUUCAACACAGACUCGUAUCUUCAGGAGCCUUUCUGCACUGCAGAAGCAUGGGGAGAUUUUAAGCUUUUUUUGGGUGGGGGGGUGGGGGGGGAGGAAGAUGGGAGGGGGAGUGAAGGAUAACAGUGAAUGCUAGGAAGGAAAAUAUUUUACUGUCUCUGCAGCUCAUUUAUCAGACAACUUGCACUUUUUAAAAACAAACAAACUGCUUUUAACACUAAUAGUUUUAAUUUAACCCUGUCCAACUACACAGGAACCUAGUUUUGUCCUACACAAUUUACCUAAUGUGAGUUAAUUAUGCCCUGUUAAACAGAGUUUGGAUGAUAUAGAGGCUGUUGAUAGCUCAGUGGAUUUCACCAUUGAAUAGAUAGAGGUUGAAACUCCACUGAAGCAAAUUCAAUCCCUUGUAGGUUAUUUAAAACAAGGUAAGAUAGGGAGUUGAUCACUGAAUGAGAAGUAAGUGCCAGUGACACUGGUAUUAGUGACAUUGUUUUUAAGAUUUUUCUAGGUAAAAUAGCUGAGAUUUAAAAUUACCUAAUCCUAACUUCUCUGGUAUCAACAAUUUGUGGAGGAGGGGGGAGAAAGCUUAGUAAGAUUGGUUUUAAUAUUGCAUUAAACAAAAAAUUGGGCCAAGAAAAAUUUCAUAAUAGUCUUCUGAAGCGGUUAACCUUUUUUUGCGAGGGUGGGGGGCAUUCACUGUACUUUUUUAAAAAAUGUGUUAACUUUGCACCAGUGUGCCUUCCUUUCCUGUUGGGGGUGCUUGGGACCUCAAUCUUAACAGUGGCAUCCUGUAAUGUCACUUUUCUUCCUACUUAACAAACACUGAGAAAUAACAGGGUGGUAGAAUUUAAAUCCUCUUUCUUCCCUGUUUAUUAUAUGUGGUGAAAUCCUCCACAUUGUUCAAUGAAUUUAACACAUGGAAGUUAGUUCUAAAACAAAAUAUUAUCCAUCAUUAUUCCAUAAUCUGAGGGACAGAAGAUCUGUUUAGCAUACUUGCUACCAAAAAAGACCCUGUGUGUGUCAAUAUACAUAUAGACUCUCACACAGAAGGAACUACAGAGGUACUGUUCCCUCCAUUAUUCUGGAAGUUGAUGGAUAUCGCCCUGCAUGACCUGAGGGUUUGUUCAUAUUGAUAUCCUGAUUUGACUGUAGGGCCUUGUCUACAAUAGCCACGGUACUGUUUAAACACUUUUCAAACAUGGUUGUAGGCAAACUGGUUUAUAACAUCUUUUAGUCAUCAUGUACAAACAGUGUUAAACCUGGGUUUAGAACUGUUUGAACUUGGUCUUGACUGCUAUUUUAUUUUUAAACACACAUUUUGUUUGUCCCUGACUACACAACACGAUGAAACUGUUAAAACAUGGUAUUGCUAUAACAGUGUUUAAAGACAGUUCAGUGGACAUUGAAAAUGGGCUCUAGAUGUACAUAAGUGCAUGGAUGAAGAUGGGCUACGCGUUGUCCUUAAACUCUUCUACAUGUAGUUGUUUAUAUAUGCACUUGGGUUUUCCAUUUUGAUGCGGCUUCCGAGCAAUAAGAUGUAGUUUGCCUUUACCUAGCCACAGCCGCCCAUGGCUUUAUUUAUAAACUGCGGUUUUGGGUAGUUGGGAAGGGGGUCAGAAUCGUCACUGUGCAACAUCCACUGCCUUCCAAAAACCACAACUCAAUUGAAAAGGGUGCUCAGACUUUUGUUAUACACAUUUCCUUUGUGUAAAUAAAUGUUUACAGUUUUAUAUUAAAGAUUGAAUAAGUUAGAUCUUCUGACUGUAUAUUUUUUACUUUUUAUAGAUUUUAAAACUAUAAUUCUUUAUAUAUAUGUUUUUGGGGGGCUAUGGUAAGUUUUAUGCUUGUAAAUUGAGAAUAAUUGAAUUUGAUGUUAACCUUUGUGUUUUUGUCAUUGAAAUGUAUGAAGAGCCCAUUAAUCCCCUUAUUCUUUUACUACAAUUACUGGUGCACACCAAAAAAGAAAUCCUUCAUUUCUGUUUUAUCGUUACAAAAAUAAAUAUUUUGCUAGUGUAUUAAACAUA